UGUGAGGCAGUGUGCAAAAUCGUGAGGAGCACUACUCUUCAGCAGAAGAAGAUGAUCAGUGGAGGUGGAUUGUGUGUGCGAGGUGUUGUGGGUUAUUACGGUACAGUCUUACAGAGGGGGUGUGUGUGAGUGUGUGUGUUGCGUGUGAGUGUGUGUGAAGGCAUCACUGUGUUGUUUCCCCUCUAUAGGUUUUGUUGUGUUUUUUUUCUCGGAAAGAAGAAUGAGAGCAUUGCUGAAGGUCCACACGGUGGAGGAGAGAAGAUGAACAGCUCGCUCUACAUCUCGUUUUUCCAGGGCCAGCUGGAGUCUGCUCUGGAGCAGGUGGUGCAGCUCGCCGUGACCGAGAUCACGGACACGGUCGGGGCCAGUCUCAGCUCCAUGCUGCUGGAAACCGCGCGGAAGGAGCAGGACAACCAGCGGCUCAGAGCCUCCAUCCAGUCCGCGGGACGACCGGAGAGAGAGCGCGGAGAGAGCGCGGAGCCUGAACCCCAGCAUGCCGCCCCCAGGCCCCUCUCUGUCCCCGUCUCUGUCCCCGAGUCUCUCCGGCAAGAGCAGAAGAAACGAGCUGUGGGUCAGCUGAAGAUGGUGAUGGAGCGUGUGCUGGAGUUUGCUGUGUGUGAGCUUAGUAAGGUGGUAGAGGACAGCUUUGACGAUGUUCUUCUGGAAUUUAAAAAAACGGAGCAAGAGAACGAGGAGCUGAUGGAGAAGCUACGAGAGAAGGCAGAGGAGAACAGCACGGUUAAUGAGGAGAAAAACGAGUCUCGGGGGGACAGGGGAGGAUCUCCAAACUUAACUCAUGUAGUAAAGGAUGAGAAGAGACUGGAUGAGGAAGAACGAGGAAUGGAACAGACGCAGAACACUGAGGACUCUGCCCCUCAGGCCGUGCUCAGUGUGUCUCAGGACUGGGUUCCAGUUCUGGAUCAGGUGUUCGGUCAAAAAUGGUGUGCUGACAUUUGGCCCGUUAAAGAACCUGGAGAAGUCAAAGCGGAGCGAUCGCGCCUCCCUUCCGAGGAAGCGUUUCAGGAAAACUCUGCACCCCACAGCAAUGUUGACAGCCAGUCAGAUCGUCCACAGUGGCUGCAGAAUUCUGAGUCCCUGACUGUGACCUUUGACCCUCAGAAGACCUCAGAGACGAGCUUGACAGGAGAUGAUGUUCAGUUAAAAUCCCCCUCGAUGCUCCAUCGGCUCCUCACGCUCCCGUCUCAGCUGUUAGACGGUGACGACGAGUCGAUGGAGUCGGAGGACAGUCUUCUGAACGCCAUCGCCUCACUGCAAAGCGCUCAGACCCCUCAUCACGACAUCGCCAGAGCAGAUGACCACGACCCUGAGGACCAGGAAGAAGAUGAGGAUGAAGGCCAGGAAGAAGAAGCUAAGCCGAAGUCCUGCAGGAGCGGGAAGAAGAACCACACGUGUAAAACCUGCGGCAGGAAGUUCAGCCGAGCUCACCUACUCAAAACACACCGGCUCACACACAAGGAAGCUCGCUCGCCGUUCUCCAAACUCCACGCCCACGCAUGCACAAACUCUGGAAAGAACACAUGAGUUGGAACACGACGUGACGCAUCAACGUAGAGAUGUCCUGAGCUGAUAUACACAGUCAUAUCUCGAACACCUUAAACAUUUUCCUUCAACAUCACUCCUGAUAGAAAGCUGUGGCACACGAAACGGGGAGGUGCUGAGGAACCCUGCUUUCACAUGAGUGUGAAGGUCUAUCAGACGCAACAUGAGGAGUUUAACAUUCUCAUCAUGAUUUAACAGUUCAGUAUAUUACAGAAGAACCAGAUAGAGUUCCCGUCUCCAGUUGUGUUUUCACUUAUAUCUGCAAGUGGACUUUAUUUAAAUCCUCCAGGUAACGUGUGGUUUGGAACACGGCCCAGGAGGUGAAACCAUUCAAACUGGACCCACGUCACACCUCCCCUGAUAACCAACUGUACGCUCAGGAUCUCAUUACUAAACAAGCCUAAGCCCUGCCCACUUUCACACAAACAGGACCUUAGAUUGACUUUUCAUUUGGCCAAUCACAGAGCACAUCACUGAAGAAGCUGCAGAUCGUUCUGGUAUUGUUGCGCACGAGCGCAGAUCAUCAUGACCUGAACGGAAACGCAAACCCGAGGCGACGGGGUCAUGUGACAGGAAGAUGGAUCUUAAUUCCCUUUUUAUUUCAUUUUUUGGGACUAAAAUGUUAACAAGCAACUUAAAUAUUUUGAUGUAAAUAAAUAAACUCCACAGUCUUUGUUUUCACACGAA